UCCCUGGGGGCAGGAGAAAAUGCAUCAGGAGAGUCUUGUAAAAGAUCGGAGCAAGAUGGGAUGAAGGUUUAGGCCAGAACAGAGAGGAGAUGGAAGUGGGAGGCCAGAUCAAGAAGUCUGAGUGACAGGAAGCAGGGCCAGUGCUGAACAUUUUAGCCUUGAUGAUGGGGAGGAUGAUGGGGAGGAUGACGGGGAGUGAGAGGGAGCCUGUGAGUUUCAGAUAUUCCUUCUUUCACCUGUUUCCCAGUAGCAGGUUCUUUUGGAGAGACCUUCAGUGCAUCUGAAGGCUUCCUGAUCAGCACCGUCUGAUCCUUGCCUGGCCUGUCUCCUUUCUUCCUCUUCUGGCUUUCAUAGGAAAACGAGGCCUCCCUUCACUGGAUUCACUCUUACAAAGGUUACUCUGAGUCACGGUUAACCAGAAGUCAGGAGUGCCAGCACUGAGUAACCCCACUGGAAUUCGGCCUGUGGCUACUGUUAGUGCCCCAGGUCAUUUAAAUGACAACUCCCUCCCAGAAUCCAGACUGUCACUUUUUGCCAUGGGGAGACCUUGGUGGCUUUCCAGUUUCUGAGUCAGCAAGGUGGUCAGGGGCCUGGUUCUGCCCUUACCCUCGAGGUGAGGGUGCCUGUUUGAAGCAUGCUGUCUCCUGCCCCAGAGGAGCCACUGCUGCUGGCCGAACUCAAGCCCGGGCGCCCCCAUCAGUUUGAUUGGAAGUCAAGCUGUGAAACGUGGAGCGUUGCCUUCUCUCCGGAUGGUUCCUGGUUCGCCUGGUCUCAAGGACACUGCAUUGUCAAGCUGAUCCCCUGGCCGCUGGAAGAGCAGUUCAUCCCUAAAGGGUUCGAAGCCAAAAGCCGAAGCAGCAAAAAUGAUACAAAAGGGCGAGGCAGCCCAAAGGAGAAGACGCUGGACUGUGGGCAGAUUGUCUGGGGCUUGGCCUUCAGCCCGUGGCCUUCUCCACCCAGCAGGAAGCUCUGGGCACGCCACCAUCCCCAGGUGCCAGACGUCUCAUGCCUGAUCCUUGCUACAGGGCUCAACGAUGGGCAGAUCAAGAUUUGGGAGGUGCAGACAGGGCUCCUGCUUUUGAAUCUGUCUGGCCACCAAGACGUCGUGAGAGAUCUGAGCUUCACACCCAGUGGCAGUUUGAUUUUGGUUUCUGCAUCCCGAGAUAAGACUCUUCGCAUCUGGGACCUGAAUAAACAUGGUAAACAGAUUCAGGUGUUAUCGGGCCACCUGCAGUGGGUUUACUGCUGCUCCAUCUCGCCAGACUGCAGCAUGCUGUGUUCUGCAGCUGGGGAGAAGUCGGUCUUCCUGUGGAGCAUGCGGUCCUACACAUUAAUCCGGAAGCUGGAGGGCCACCAGAGCAGCGUGGUCUCUUGCGACUUCUCCCCCGACUCUGCCUUGCUCGUCACGGCUUCUUACGAUACCAAUGUGAUCAUGUGGGACCCCUACACUGGCGAGCGGCUGCGGUCACUCCACCACACCCAGCUCAACCCCCCCAUGGAUGACAGCGAUGUCCACAUCAGCUCCCUGAGAUCUGUGUGCUUCUCCCCCGAAGGCUUGUACCUCGCCACGGUAGCGGAUGACAGGCUCCUCAGGAUCUGGGCCCUGGAACUGAAAACUCCAAUUGCGUUUGCUCCUAUGACCAAUGGUCUCUGCUGCACAUUUUUUCCACAUGGUGGAGUUAUUGCCACGGGGACAAGGGAUGGCCACGUCCAGUUCUGGACGGCUCCUCGGGUCCUGUCAUCACUGAAGCACUUAUGCCGGAAAGCCCUGCGAAGUUUCCUAACAACGUACCAAGUGCUAGCGCUGCCAAUCCCUAAGAAAAUGAAAGAGUUCCUCACAUACAGAACUUUUUAAGCCAGUCUCCAUAGUCUUACUUGUUUCCUCUGUAGCAGGAUAAAUCUUCCUGACAAGUAGCUGGAGCAGUGGGCCAAACAUCUGGUCUUGGAUUGAAAUAGAAUCUCUCUUUGGGAUUGUGAACAGAAUGUAGCAAAACCAGAUUCCAGUGGCCUCGCCAGGGCCAGGGGUCUCUUCCCCAUGAGGUGUGAGGGUCAGUCGUAGAAGAGGGAUUCCACUUCUGCAGUGACGGAGCCUGACCUUAACCUUCAGUCCACUUAAUGGACAGCAGUGCUGGACCCUCUCUGGUCAUUUUGAUUCCAAGAAGUUUCCACUCCCUCGAAUGGGAGUGUCCGUCGUUGAUGCAGAUGCAGAGGAGGUGUUGGUGAAAGUUCUCUCCUGCUGGUCAGAGCCGCUUUGAUGUGGACAAGGGCUUUCCUUCCUCUGACCCACGGGACAGUUUUCACAGAGCUGUCUAGGGUGAGAUAUUACUUAGCUUAACUAAAGUCCAGGUGACUCAGAGGCCAUGCUCCUGAUACAGACACUAGACUUGGCUUUUUUUUUUUUUUUUUUUAAGAAACAAUGGCGUGCAUGUGCCGGAGGCCAGAUUUGUGUGUCAUGUUACAUGGGACGUAUUCCUCAACUGCAUGACUGUAUCAGUGGCUACUGAGUUAUCUGUCAGUUGUUCACCAGUUAGCAUAUUUAUUUGUAUUUUCUCAACAGAUGUUAAGGUACAACUGUGUUUUUCUCAAUGGUAUCUAAAAACCAUAGUACUCAAUUCCAA